UCCUCUUCCUUUUAGGCCUUGUUUCUAAUCACACUUUCAAGAUAAUCAGUUGCGGAUAUUUUCUUAUUUCGCUUCUGGUCCCUCCGUCCUCUCCCAUUUCUUCCACAAAUUCUCCUUCCGUCCUAUUCUUCCUCAGACCCCUAUUUCUCCAGACUCUUCUGGCAAAGCCACCCCUAAAUCCUUCCCAAAGCUUCCCUUUUCUUCUCUCCUCGAUUCAGCCUCCGAGAAAAACCCAUAGCCCACGUAUCGGAUCCUCCCUUUCUAUGGUGGAUUUGAUUGUUGGAUCUGGUGGAACAGGAAAGUCGUCGCCGUCUGUUUUUUUCUUUCUCUGGUAGAUUUUCAGAAGCCUGUCUUAAAUGCCCAAUUUUAUGUUCUUGAUGUUUGAGAUUCAUGUAUCCGAUUCUCAGUGAAAUCUUCCUUUGUGGUUGUAUGAUAAAUUCUACUGUCAGGCGCAGGACCCACCUUGUUCAAUCUUUCUCGGUUGCCUUCCUCUACUGGCUGUACUACGUCUCAUGAUUGUUUGAGCCUCUUAGUUGAUCAGGAUUAGUCAUAUAUAUUACUAUUUUCUGCAUUGGUUUUUCUGGGUUUGUGUGUUUCUUAGUGUACGGGUCCUGCGUCAAAAAUAGUAGUGUCCGUCUUCUUUUGGUCUUCCUUCUUUCGAAUCCCAUGGCUUCUUCUAGUGGAACGUCUUCCGGGUCAUCAUCCCUGGUUCGAAACUCUGGUUCAGAUGAGGAUUUGCAGGUCUUGAUGGAUCAGAGGAAGAGAAAGAGGAUGAUAUCGAAUCGUGAAUCGGCGAGAAGAUCGAGAAUGAGAAAACAGAAGCAUCUGGAUGAUCUGGCGGCUCAGGUGUCUCAGCUCAGGAAGGAGAAUCAUCAGAUUCUCACAAGCGUAAACCUCACAACCCAACAAUAUCUCACCGUCGAGGCUGAGAAUUCUGUGCUCAGAGCCCAAAUGAACGAGCUGACCCACAGAUUGCAAUCUCUGAACGAAAUUGUGGAUUUCGUCAACACAAGUUCUGCAGUUUUUGCAGCUUCAAACUCAUCAUCAUCAUCCACCUUCAUGGAAUCCACCAACAGCUUCUUCUUCAACAGCCCAUUAAACAUGGCCACCUGCCUGAACCACCCGAUCAUGGCUUCUCCUGACAUGUUCCAGUACUGUUAAAAGACAACCGGACUUUACAGAGAUUUAAAGACGAUGGGAUUGUUAAUUAGGUUGCUGUAGAUUUGAGUCAGUCAGGGUAAAAAAAAAAAAAGAUAAUUAAGGAAUAAAAAUUUCAGCAGUGGAACCUGAAACUGGAAUUGUAAUAUUAUGGGUGAUCCGGGGUCAAAUCACACUCGAACACCAUAUCAUUUUUUAUUGUGUUUGUGUGUGUAUGUGUGUGCCUUUUGUUGUACUGUGUGGUGUUAAAUCUUUAGGUAAGUACUGGUUAAUGUAGGAGGGGCAGGUAUUGUCAAGAGUGAUGUAAUGUCUAGGGUAAUGAGUCCAGCCACUAUUGUUGUUGUGGGUCUCCUAUGUUCGGUUAUAAUAGUACCUAUGAUUUUCUCUGUCAAA